CCUGUCGAUCAUCGCAGAGGAAAGUCCGACACAGAGGGCUCACCCUGCUCGUCUCCGUUCCAGCGCUAAUUCAGAUUCCUUCCCCAGCGCGGCAGACACCACCAAGAUGGGUCCAGGAUGCCUGGGCCUCAGACCUGAGGACAUCCGGGGAUGCAGCAGUUGAGGAAGCAGGCCCACACCGAAAGCAGCUUUCUGAGGUUACCAGCAACUUCCUCCUCACCAAGCGCAAGGACCUGAUUUUCAUUCUGCUCAACCUCCCUUCCUUCACUGUGGCACCUUGUCAGCCCUUGGCUUUGAUGACAUGGACGGGGCAGAGGCCUUCUGAUUGGCUGAACGCUGGCCACCCGAAACACUGACACAAACAAGACAGUGUAUAGGGCGGUGAUCUGACUUGUGUGAAAAAAACCAUGGCCAGCCAACCUCCUGUAAGUGUUGUAAGGUCGGUGCGAUCUCUGACUCACUGAUGAAAGUCAUCUCUAUGCUGCAUGUUCCAAGCUGUCGCUGCCAGCCCUCUGUGCUAGGAGCACCAUGGGACCAGGUAUCAUUCUCGUUUUGAUGACCCUCCUGUACUCUGGUGCUGCCUACCUGAAGAGUGAAGCUUAUUUCAAUGAGACUGCAGAACUGCCAUGCCAAUUUUUAAACUCUCAAAAUCUCAGCCUGAAUGAGCUUGUUAUAUUUUGGCAGGACCAGAAAAAGUUAGUGCUCUAUGAAUUUUUUUUAGGGAAAGAAAACUUAAAUAAUGUGGACCCCAAGUAUAUGCACCGCACAAGUUUUGACCAGAGCAAUUGGACUCUACGACUUCACAGAGCUCAAAUCAAGGACAAGGGCAUCUAUCAAUGUAUCAUCCAUCAUAAAAGCCCCACAGGACUGGUUUCCAUCCACCAGAAGGAUUCCGAGCUAUCACUCUUUGCUAACUUCACUGAACCUGAAAUAGUGCAGAUGUCUAAUGUAACAGGAAAUUCUGGCAUAAAUUUAACCUGCUCAUCGGAACAAGGUUAUCCAAAAGCUACAAAGAUGUAUUUUUUGCUAAAAUUUGAAAAUUCAACUGAACUGGAGUAUGAUGGUGUCAUACAGACAUCGCAAGAUAAUGGUACAGAGCUGUACAACAUUUCCAUCAGCUCAUACGUUCCAUACCCUGAUGGCAUGAGUAAUGUGACCAUCUUCUGUGUCCUGAAAAUGAAGGCAAUGAAGUCAAGGGAAUGGGAGUUUCUCUCCAAACCUUUCUAUAGAGUUCCUAGUCACCCUUUGCCUGUUGCACACCAGCCGUCCUGGAUUACAGCUGCAUCUCUAAUCACUGGGAUCUUCUUGUGUGGGAUGACAUACUUUCUAUGGAAGAAGAAGAAGAAGCAACGGGCUGUCCUUUCUAACAAAGAAACCACCAGAAUGGAGAAGGAGAAGAAUGAAGGGAUUGAAGAAAGAGUGAAAAUCCAUGUACCUGAAAGCAAUGAUAAAGAAGUGCAAUAUACCUGAAAGAAAUGAUAAAGAAGUUGUUCAGCCUUAGUCAUCGAAAAUGCUACACGAUUUUAAUUAAAGAAAAAAAUUUCCUAUGAGUAUCCAUUUUUAUAUCAUUUCCUUCACAAGUUUUUAAGCAAACUUUUGGGGUUCUCUCAAAAGCCAAGCAAAUAUUACUUUUAGUAAAAGUAAGGACUUCAGGACUCCCUGUAAGCGAAGGAACCUCCCUAGUACAGACUUUAAUUCUCUAACUGCUUCAUUUGAUUUCAGAACACACUCGUGAGCCACCUGAAUGGAUCUUCACUUGGGAAUAAUAUUUAGGACUGACAUGUCCUGCUUCAGACCAGAUCCCUCUCUUUUAGUUUACACAAUGUGUUUUUAUAUGGAACUUUUAGUUCUAGGGGUACUGGUUUUUAUCUGCCUUGAACUUUAAGGUAGUGUCCUGUUUCAUGUUAUGUGCCUGGGACUGAACAACAACCUCUUUGGUUGCAGUAGGAAAACAUGUUUUACAAUUUUAUAGUGUUUACAGUGAUAUCUGAAACUAUAAAUAAAUAUAUACUAAACAGCAAAAAAGAUAUAACCAGUCAACUCUGAAUGGAAAAGAGACUGGAUUAAAAAAAUAAAAAGAAGGAAAGAAGGAAGAAGAAAUACUCUUAGGAUUUACUCAUGCUUUUUAUUUUUUAUGCUCUUUCAGGUAGUAGAUAGUUAAGAUUAUGUAAAGUUGUAUUAUAAAUGUCAUGAAUUGUGCAUAAAUGCAAACCUUCAGAAUACACUCAAGAUAAUGAAAACACACCAAAAAGAUUUUAAUGCAUAGUGUAAUAUUACAACAGUCUAACCAUGAAGUAUUUAUCAAGUCAACAAAAGCCUAAUCUGUUAAAAGAAGAAAAAUGAUUUGUAAAAAAAAAAAAAAA